GAUGCAACACCCGAAGCGCAGUAGUCGGAAGGCCUUCUUUGCUUUCGGUGAUCCUUCGCAGCACAGCUUCCUCACUCAUAUACACACCGCACUCACAAGCCGCGGUGCAUACGUUACCAUGAGCUCCGCAAAGGCUGCCGCUUCCAAGAAGAAAAAGUCGCCAAUAGAUAACCAAGGUAAACCCGCAGCAGCAACACCGGCAGCAUCGAAGGAUGCAAAAGCCGAGGCGAGUACGAAGACUGAAGACAAGCGAGAAGCGGAACAGCCACAAAAUGCGAAACACGUGGUGUUCAACGACUCGAAUCUCAGGAAAGUGAUCCAUAUUCCGCGCGAUCAAAUUGACCCCGUGGCAAUCUGGAACGUGUACUCCCAUGUGGCCUACUCGACCAAAAGAGAACAGCGCUAUCUUCAGCGAUGCCUGAGCACACGCAUCCACGAAAGCUUGGAGCGCUGCCCUACUCUGUUCCCGGACCCGCCAAGCAAAGGUGACCCAGAUCAACAGUCAAAAUUGGGCCGUUUGAACAGAAAUCUGGACGGGAAGUUUGCAGAGUUCUUGAAAGAGCAAGGCUACGGCAAAAACGUAGUGGCAUGUGCUAUUUAUGUGAUGUCUGUCUGGCCAUCUUUCCCACUCCUGCAGCGGCCUCCGAUCUCGCCGAGGGUGCAGAGAGCCAUGGAAGCUUUGCAGAAUGGUACUAGACUGUACGUCUUCAACGAGAAGCCCAACUCGCCUUUGAAGUGUGGUGCAGCGUUACGAAUGCUCCACGGCAUUGACGCGGAUGAGGCCAGCAUUGCGAUUUUUAAUCCUGACGAGCCCUCCGUGAUUGACGGGUACAUUCCAAUGUCAUUUAUCGUGUCGCUCACGUUUGGGCUUGAGUCUGUGGAAAAGGAUCAUCAUCUGAGGAAAGAUGGGAAAGUUCUUUGCGCCGACGGUGAACGACGGUUCUUAGAGUCGCCGAAGCGCGCCUUCACAAUUCACUGCGCGGCUCCCGAUAAAUUCUAUGUAACAUUCAUCGCCCCGAAUCAGAUGGAAUUUGACAACUGGACGAGGGUUGUCGACUACUUUGUGCUACUCAACGCGUGCUGCCGCACUUACAUCCAAUCACGUUAA